GAAUCAGACCCCAACCAUGGAUCGGCUAGAUGGGUGCGCGGUAUGACGCUAUGCUGAUCCGUGAUCGUGUGCGCUACAUGUGAAACCAAUCCGCCGGCUGUCGACUCGAUACGGCGAGUCGACAGUUUUGGUCGCAGUUGGAUGCGUAUUUCUAGCGGCUGGUAUGUCCAUAGACCCCAACGGGAUGGGUAAUGGCAGAGAGCUUGGGUGAUUCUACACUAAAGAGGACACUACGGUUAAGUACUGGAGGAUUUGAACGAUGCGAAUGGAAAUGAGGUGUCUGACCAUUCUGGGAAGUGAUUGAUGGGGUUGGGGUGCAUGCAUGAUGGUGCCACCAGCGACAGGCUUUGGUGGUUUAUACCAAGGACGGGUUACCACAUGCGUUACUUUCACUCCAUCAUGUCAUUCGCAUCUCUCUGCUACACUUGACUUCUGCAACUCAGCAGCAGCAGCAGCGGUGUUGCAGAAAACAGUGAUGAAACGACUGACUGGUGUGUGGGAGACAGCGGAGAAGAAGGCUGGCGAGGAGCAGCGUAGACUGGGACUGCAUGUGCGUUCGACUCCGACCGAGAGCUGAGUGGUCAGACCUCAAUGAUGAUCGUACCCUAAUGAAUCCCUGACCUUGUGCUCGACGUUGUGGUCCACUCUUCUUUUGCCAUGAAUUAGUAUGGAGCAGGCGUAGUGCAUGGAGUAGAUGAUCGAUCAUUCGUUCGUGGUGGUCUAAUUCGACGCAGCUCGCAUGACGGAUUGAUUCAUCGAUUGGAGGGGGGGGGGACCAGAUUUGGCAGCCAAUGCGUGCGCUACAAUCAGAAUAUUCUACUUGGCUCCCUCUCAGGCUUGAAACCAGGAGCCCCCGGCUCAACGAAGGGAACACUGGGGGGGAUCUGAGGUCAAAGUGCCUAUCUUUUAUCUGCAUUAAUGGCGCUAAACUGCACAGUACUCCUUCUGCAUCAUCGUUGGACAUAAUCAAUUUGCAUUCUGGCGGUUGCUGCUGGUGUAGUGCGAUGGGAGACAAAGCCACACGGUGACUUAGGGGGGUCAGUGAACGGCGGUGUUCGUCGCAAGGCCCUCCCACUGUGCGUGUGCCGGAAUUGAGACGUAUAUUUUAAGCCAUUGUCAGGCCCUGGUCCCUAUUAUUCUCACAACUCACGCUAGGAGCAGCGAAGUUCGGAUGAUUGAUGUUGUCGAUUUGGGAUUCGCAUACAUUUUGGUGCUGUGCGGUCCGCGGUUUGGUUGUCAGAUUAGAGACCUUCCGAAAGUGUGGCGAAGAUUGUGCUCCCGAGAGGUUUUUAUUUGGUUAAUUUAAGACAUGAAGGAUCCGGCGAGUAAAUGCUCGUCGUGUGUGGGUUGUGAGAUCCCAGUGUGAUGCAGCUUGCUCCAACGGAUCUACUCAAGACAGAUUUCGCGCAUAGCACACACGUGCUCGCGCGAUUGGAGUGUCUUCGUGGUCCGUUAGUGUAUUUGUCAGAGAAUUUGGACAGGCGAUUCUUUGAUUAAUUUCCUUGAGUCAGGGUCAAGCGGAUUAAUUCUUCUUAGUCCAGGUUGAGACGGAUAAGCACUCGUUUUGGCGUUUAAGAAUCACAUCUCAGAUAGGGGAGCAGGUGGCGAGGACCAAGUACUGGAGCACUUUUGCGGUACCAGCAUUGCCAGGGGAUUUGUGGGGUGGAAUAGAGUAGAACUGUAUCUAGCAGCAGAGGAGGUUUGAUGAUUGGUCUUACGAUUAGAUAGAGAAUGGUGGAUAGAUUGAGGAGGUUAUAGAUUGCUCGCACGGAGUGAGAGGGGAGGAGCUCACAUUGUGGUGUAGCAAAUGAUUGUUAGCUACGUCAAGGCUCAUUGUGGUUUUUUGGGGGGGUUACUGAUUGUCCCGCCUCCUUUAACUCGAGCGAGAAUUAUUCCACAAUGGAGAAGGAGCGUCCUCCUCGCGAGGCGAUGCGAACAGAGUCGCCUACUGUGAGUCGCGAGGAGCAAGAAUUGGACAAAACUCGGACCUUCUUCUUAGCCUUGGAGGAGCUUCAAAGUUUGAGGCCGCAGUUAUACCAAGCAGCCGAUUACUGUGAGCAUCAGUACCUUUUCGGCGACAACAAACAAGGGGUGCUUGAUAAUCUGAAGGAUUACUCGGUGAAGGCCUUAGUAAAUGCUGUGGAUCAUCUGGGAACCGUUGCGUACAAGCUAAAUGAUCUCAUCUCUAUGCAGCAUGAAGCAGUUGAUAAUACUCAACUGGCAGCAUCCGCUAUUGCACAGCGGUUGCGAGCAUGUCAGGAGCACUCGGACCGGGAGGGUUUGAAGCAGCAGUCAAUGGCCAAGACGAUGCACGUCAACCACAAGCAAUACACUCUCCCAGAUGAAAUCGAACCUUUGAGAGCAGGGCAGCGCACGUUGAUGCGCGAAACUUUUGACCUUGGUCAGCCGACUCCUCUUACUCGGAUGCAUACAGCUGUCGAAACUGAAGCGCAAGCACAAUUGCCAUUGCCGCAUACUCCUCGUAGCGAGUUGAGUGAUCCAGGAGAUUUAAACGAAAUGUCAGGACCUGAGACAUGGUUUUUCGCUCCAGAUUUUGCUGCUGCAGCCAAUUCUAAUGAAGUAGAAUAUUCGCGAUCCGGCAGUAUCGGCAAGCAAGCAACAACCUCACCAUCUCUAUUGAAUUCAAGAGCCUCCUUCCUUAAUCGGAGUACUACAAACAACACAUCCUUCAAGCGAGCAACAACUAUCCAACCGAGCCGUGUGCCGUCCGUCUCGCCUACCAACCGAUAUGCAGGGGCUCCCAUGGCAGGUGGAAUUCAGAGCAGAUCAGCAACUCCAAGAGCCGGGUCCAUGGCUCCCAUCAGAACAUCAACGGCAAGAUCUGGGUCCAUGACUCCGUUGCGAACACCUCCACCCAUGGGCACUGGUCCCACCAAGAGUCACGGUCUCGAGAAGACGAUGUUCCUGACACCCACAGCUCCGCCGGCGGAAGUGAAAAACUCCAAGGGCAAAGGAAUCUUGCGAUCUCUCUUGGGACGGAAGAACUAACAUUAGCAGCGUAGUUAUCUUUUUUUUGUAAAAUCAGGGGAAAUGUUAUUUAGUUUCAGUCGAGCUUUCGGCUGCGGCUCCUUCCUUGACAGCGAUCUAGGCAUCACACAUCGGAGGUGGGGAGACCUAGAUGUGUGUACAGAAGGUUGAUAUGAAGAGCAACCGACUCAAUCCGUGGACUGCAAGAGAAGAUUAGUUUUGGUAGUAGAAGAGGUGUAGUUUGAGGAAUGCAAGACGAUCCUCCCCCUGUUUUAGAUACACAAUAUGAAGAGUCAAUCACACAAUUUGCCUGACACUUUUUCAGGUCCAUUCAGCCAUUCGACUCUCGCGGUCGCACACAAAACGUUGGGUUUCACAUCUUAUCUCUUUCUGCGUCUACAAUGGUGUAGUCCGUAGCCAGACUUUACGCAUCUGACAACGCUUCUGGAGCCGCAGAUAUGAUGAGCAGACUAGCAGGUGGCUACCAAAUGUGACAACGACGACGACGGCGAUGAUUAUGAUGCUUCUAUGCUGUCACGGUGCUGCUUUUCAAGGACAGUGGAGGUGAAAACCUUAAACAAUUAUACUCUUUUUUCUCUGUUUUCCCUCGUUUUUUUUCUGCUUGCCUCGUUGAAAACGUGUGUGGAAUGCGUCUGCUGCAGACAAACUGUGCCUGUCUGUCUGAUGGACCCUCUGAUUGCACCAGGGCCUGUGGCUCAUCCUCAUCACACCAGAAUGCCUCCUGCUUUUCUGUUGCAACAUGGAUUUGCUGUGGUUGUGGAAGAGUGAUCGAAGGGUGGGUCUCCAAGGUGGCUAUCUUUGUAGCUAUUCUAGUUAUGGGAUGAGGGGAAAGCUUAAGACAUUACUAAGCAGUAGUUUGUAAUACCUAAACAAUCUCCUCAUACUUAACAAGUAACUGUUAUUUUUUAAUGUC